AAAACAAAAAUCUAAAAGAUUCGCUUAAAAUGACAUAUUUCAGUUGACGUGUGCGUAGAACGUCGACCAAUCAGGUACGAGAGUUUUGUAGAGAAUCAUUGGGAGAAAUACACACGACCAACACAACCAUAGGAACGGUGGUGCGGUUGGGAGUUACAAGUUGAACGCAAUACCUUGUUCGUAUUUUGGUUUGGGAAUUAGUUUCUAAUACAACGGAUAGGAACUGUAGAAUAGGAUUUAGCUAGAUAAAUAAAGAUAACGAUGACCAGCGAGUGGCUUAAAAUGCUACACGCCGGAAAUGAAGGUGGAAUUUGGCUGGAAAAGUUAAAACACCACGAAGAAAGUGACACAGUAGAAGAGAGAAGAAAGUGCGAGAGCCAGCUAUCCUUGAUAAAGGCAAACAGCUGUUCGCCUUGCUUAGCUCCUAAUCGUACUGUAGAAAUGGAACAAGAGGACAACAAUUCCUGUUGGAGCAAUCUGCCCAGUGUUAUUUUGCAAGAAAUAUUUUCGUAUUUAUCUCAUGAGAACAGGAUAAUAGCCUCUCAGGUUUGUAGAAAUUGGAGAACUACAUUAUUCCAUCCGAUUUUCUGGAGAAAAAUCACUUUUGUUUUGAAAGACAGUGAUAGUAUUUUAUGGUCUAGAAGUCUGGCAGAUAGUUUUGGACUUAGUGUCCACGAAGCAACCAUAAAAUGUGACAUAGCAAGUGAUAUUAUAGAAACUUCUUAUAUCCUGAAAAAAUUAAGCUGUAAUAGGCAAUUGCGAAAAUUAUUCUUGGAAUACAGUAGUAACAUGUAUGAAAGUCCUAAUUGGUACAUGGAAAGCGAGACUAACAGUCCAACAAACAGUGUGUCCCUAAUGAAAUCUAUUGCGAAAAUUAUUGAAAGAUCUAACCGUUUGGAAGCUCUGAGUCUAGGAUACAUAGAAGAGUUAGCAACAAAUGCUGAUUUAAUUUUAGAACCAUUAAUUUUACAUCAUGCUAAACAUUUAACGCAUCUCAGUUUAGCAUCUGUCAAAGAUGAUCCAGAGCAUUAUGAUUUUAUAGAAUUGGAAGAAUAUAAUUUUAAAUCACUUAUUAGAUUGACAGUUUUAACAGUAGAUUAUGACGUUGUUAACGAUGCCUUACUCAGAGCUUUAGACAGUGGCACUAUGAGAAAGCUAGUAAUACAUGUACAUGGUUGGCAUAGCGAGUACUUAGGAACAUCAAAUGCAGGCUGGGAACUGUUUGUUCAAAAGAAUCCCAAAUGUGAGUUACGACUAAAUCUCAUACAUUCUUACAUUGGUGUACAAGUAUUACAUACGGACAUUCUUCAACCUGCUAUGCCUCUAACACAAUUAAAAAUAUUAUUCUGUGAAAAAUUUAAUAUAGAAGUACUACAUCGAUUAUCAAGUUGGUAUUUUGAUACAUUCAAAUCUCUCAUAUGGAUAGAUUCUAUAGAUAUGACGGUAAAUACUCCUGCUACAUACGACCCUAACGAGCCAGAUAGCCCAGAUCCUCUAGUAUUCGUGGCUUGGAAGUGUACUAAUCUCGUGGAAAUAGUGUUCAUAGGACACAAAUAUUACCAAGAGAAUCUAUUAGCCAUCGCACGUCUCAGAGGAAGUAAACUCGAACAUCUUAUAUUUGCGGAAAGUGAUAUUGCGUCUGACAGCGAAUCGUGGCACAAAACUGAUGCCAUUACUCAUGAAAUACAAGAAAUAAUGGGUAGACAAUGGGCACCUUUAAGUAGGGAAGAAUUACCAACAGUAGUGUUGAAUCCCUUUGCCGGAGACAGCAGGGAGGUUAUUAUGCCGUUUAUCCUCUGUGACGAGAAGUAACUUCCAAGAAAAAAUGCCAAGAAAAUGUCAUCCGAGGACUAUCCACUAAUUACUACGACCACUUAUGGAAGGAGAACAUUUUCAGAAGUACAGCUGUAAAGUUAUAUUCUUUAUUUUUCUAUAAGAUUUUUUUUUGUACACAACGCGGUGAAUACGUAUAAUGAGUUAAUAGUCCAAAAUCUAAUUAACGCAUACUGCCAUCCGUCAGCUAGUUGUUAAAUGUAACUUAUUAAGUAGAAAGAGGAUGAAAAUAGUCGUACCGUACUAUCGCGCCGUGAUAUUACCAGUUCUUCUAUGGAUGUGAUAUGUAUACGGAGCUCGCAUUUACAAUUGCGCUAUACGUUUGCGAGUUUAACGUGCAUCAAUGUUCCUUCUUUAACGAUCAUGCUUUAUCUGAAACCAUUCCUUAAAGGAAGACUUAUUCCUUAUAUGCACAAAACUAGAUUUGUGGCA